GUUGCAAUUUUAAACAGAGAUGGAUACGAAAAUUCUACUCUGCUAUACGUUGAGAUUUUUGUUAUGUUGUACCUUCAUUGCUUGUAUUUCCACGGUGUCUCACACCAUCUCUCCUGGCCAAUCUCUCUCCGGGGGACAAACAAUCACCUCUCCAAGUCGAACAUUUGAGCUCGGUUUCUUCACACCAGGUAAUUCUCGAAACUAUUACAUAGGCAUUUGGUACAAGAAUAUACCCAUUCAGACCGUAGUUUGGGUCGCAAACAGAAAACAACCUGUUUCUGAACCGAAACUUUCAGUACUAGAACUUGUCGAAAAUGGAAACUUGACCUUAAGUAGCCCCUCCAAAGCUGCAGUAUGGUCGACUAAUUCAAGAUCAAAGGUCUCUAAUUCUAGUGUAGCAAAGCUUCUUGACAAUGGGAACUUUGUCAUAACAGAUGCAUUUGAUUCAUCUGCUGUUAUAUGGCAGAGUUUCGAUCACCUGUCGGAUACUUGGCUACCGGGUUCUGAGCUUGGAUACAAUAAUCGCACCAAGAGAAAACUAGUUCUUACAUCUUGGAGAAGCGUGGAAAAUCCUGCACCUGGUCCUUUUUCUUUUGAGCUGUAUGAAUUACCUUUUAAUUUAUCUGACUAUCCGAAUGACCUUUUUAGAGGCACACUUGAAAUCAAUGGUCAGCUCAAGUUUUAUGCCGGGUACCAAACCUAUUGGGAAUGGACUUUGAUUUCAACUGAACCAUCGGACCAAUGUGAGGUCGAUGUGUCGUGUGGUGCUUUUAGUAUUUGCAACCAGCUGAGUUCUCGUUGUGUUUGCCUCGAAGGAUUUGAACCCAAAGUCUUGGAAAAUUGGAGACUACAGGACUUCUCUGAUGGCUGUGCGAGGAAAACUCCUUUUCACUGCAGUCCUGGGGACUCAUUUUUGGCGAUAGGUGGUGUUGAAUAUCCUAAGAACUUCAAGGAAAUUUUCCAUGUGAGCCUUGGUGAAUGCAGAUUAGAAUGCUUAAUAGAUUGCUCAUGCACUGCUUUCGCGUAUGAAUUUCCGGACAGUCGUCGGUGUUACAUGUGGACAGGGGAUCUAUGUAAUUUAAGGGCAACAUACAGAUCCGAUUUCACAAGUUAUUAUCCAGACAGCACGGGAUUCUAUCUCCGGAUUGUGGAUUCUAAAAAUGCGACGACGAGAAAGACUACUUGGAUUGUAAUUGGAGUACUUGUAGGGUUCUUUUGCAUCUUAAUUAGUACCUUCAUUGUCAUGGUAUUUUUUAGAAGGAGAUGGUCAGCGGGAGCAUUGGCGACUACUGGCGAUUCUUUGGUGCUUUACAAGCAUAGAGAUUUAAGAAGAGCAACAAAUAACUUCUCCCAAAAACUCGGGGAAGGAGCCUUUGGUUCUGUAUUCAAGGGGAUGUUGCCUAAUUCAACAGCCAUUGCAGUGAAAGAGCUGAAAAGUAUGAACCAGGGAGAGAAACAAUUUCGUGCUGAAGUGGGAACUAUCGGUGUAAUCCAACACAUUAAUCUUAUUCGCAUGCGGGGAUUCUGCGUGAGCGCUUCAAAGAGGUUUUUGGUUUAUGACUACAUGCCAAAUGGUUCUCUGCAAUCUCUUCUACUUGGAAAAAACCCAACAAUGUUAGAUUGGAAGGCUAGAUAUCACAUUGCAGUAGGGACUGCCAGAGGAUUGGCUUACCUCCAUGAAGAGUGCAGAGACUGCAUAAUACACUGCGAUGUUAAGCCAGAGAACAUCUUGUUGGAUUCAGAAUACAGUCCCAAAUUGGCGGAUUUUGGUCUUGCAAAACUCUUGGGGAGACACCACAGCCGGGUUUUAACAACCAUGAGAGGAACUGUGGGCUAUCUCGCACCAGAAUGGUUUUCGGGUGAAGCCAUCACACCAAAAGCCGAUGUGUUUAGCUAUGGCAUGGUGCUGAUUGAGGUCAUAUCAGGGAGGAGAAACAGAGAAGGGUUAGAUGACGGAGUAGAGAACUUCCGUCCCAUCCGUGUCGCGAAUGCAGUUAAUAAAGGGGAAGAUCUUUUCGCCUUGUUAGAUUGCAGGUUGGAAGGCCAAGCAGACGGAGAUGAACUGAGCAGAGCAUGCAAAGUGGCUUGCUGGUGCAUUCAAGAAGACGAGAAGGAUAGGCCAACAAUGAAGCAGGUGGUUCAAAUUCUUGAGGGAGUUUCGGACAUCGUUGUUCCGCCAGUCCCGCGGUUCCUCCAGCGCCUUAUCGGAGGUCCGUCAGAAGGCAUCAACAACCAGGAGACCACAUCCGGUUCGGGUUCAUGGUCAUGCUCCGAUGUCCAAAGUGCAUUUCAAGCCGAAGUCAGCAACUGCGCAUUUCAAGCCACUCAUUAACUACCUCUAGACAUGCUUGUUGGAUAUCGAGGCAAAGCAUAAUAUAUGUUUGUGUAAUUGCAUGAAUUUAGUUUGUUGUCGUAUAUUCUUUUCUUUGGAUUGCACACCUGAAUCGUUUGAGCUGCGUCGUUUGUUAAUCUUGUGUGACCUUCGUCUUCCUCUU